UUGAUGAUUAAGGUCAUACAAUGGUUGCACUUAAGUUUACAAUCGCUUUGGUAGGAAUCGUUUUAGCACUCGCCUUUGCAGAUGAAACAGAGUCUGAUCUGAACUCAAAAUUCUUGAUGCUCGACUCUCAGCUAAAGAAGUUAUCCCAAAAGUUAUCCCAAGAUAAUUUAAAGGUGACUGAUCAGCUCAAAGAAGAAGCUAGUAAGGUUAUCGCACUUAAAGAACAGGUGGAUAUCUUAAAAGGGCAGCUGGAAAAAAUCACUCUUGAAAACAAAUACCAAAUGAGCAGUAAACAUGGACUAGGAAUUCUGAAACCAAACAGAAGAUAUUCACGAAGUACAGCAGGCGAUCCUGAUGUAGUGGUAUUUUCAGCAGAACUGAGUCAUGUUUUGGACAAUGUGGCUCUUCAUUCUACCGUUGUAUUUGAUCACCCUAUCUUUCGGGUAACACAUUCCUAUGAUGCAUCUACAGGCGUUUUCACUUGUCCUACCUCUGGUCUUUACCUAUUCUCUGUUUUUAUUGCAACACAUAAAACAGACACAGAGGCCUUGGUGUACCUGGUGCUGGAUGGGAAUCCUUACAUGAGUGUCAUUUCUGACAGAAGUUCAGAUGGGGAAAAUGACAGUGGUGGAAACGUCGUUAUGCUCCCUGUUAACAAAGGUCAACGUGUUUGGGUUGAAACGGAUAUAAAUGACAAGCAGUCAUUUUGGCCCUCUUUUACAACUUUCAGUGGUGUUCUUAUACAUCAAACACAGUAAAACUGUUACAGCAAUGGGAACAAAAUAAUGUAAAAAACAACAUUCAAUGCUAAAUAUUGUUUAGAUAUUCAUCUUAUUUUAGAAGGUCUGUACAAUUUUCCAAAA